CCAGGAAGCUAUAGAGGGGCUACUCAAAAUGAAAAUGAUGGUGACCCUCGAAUGGCUUCUCUUUUCAUUGAAGCGACUCAAAUUGUGGGGUUUGAGAAACCAACAAAAGAUUUGGUGCGUCGUUUGGUGGAGGGAACCAAGGAGCUCGUGUUGGUUUCUGUGGUUGGCAUGGGAGGACUCGGAAAAACAACUCUUUCUAACCAUGUUUUUCAUAACGAGCGUGUGGAAGAACACUUCGACUAUAGACUCUUUAUCACGAUUUCUCAAUCUUAUACUGUGAGGGAGUUGUUGAUUAAUAUGGUAAAGAAAUUCUAAGAAAUUUUUCUGAUGAUAUUGAGCAUGCCUUAAUUAAUAAUAACAAAGGAAGUAGAAUCAUUGUGACCACUAGAAUGAUGCCUGUAGCUGAAUAUUUUAAGAAAUCUUUUACUGUUCAUAUUCACGAGCUACAAUUUUUGCCUAAAGAGAAAGCACGCGAACUGUUUCGCAAGAAGGCAUUUAGAUCUCACCCUGAAAAUCAGUGUCCAAAAGAUCUUGUGAAAAUGUCCAAUGAAAUUGUUAAAAAAUGUGAAGGGCUACCAUUAGCAAUUGUGGCCAUCGGGGGUCUUUUGUCAACAAAAACAAAAACCAUCGAGUAGGAAAAGGUGACAAAAAAUUUGAGAAUGGAGUUACAAUCAAAUGCACAUUUAUUUAAUCUAAGAAGAAUUUUAUCUCUUAGUUAUGAUGAUUUGCCUUGCCAUUUGAAAUCAUGCAUGCUAUAUUUUUGGUAUAUAUCCUGAGGAUUACACCAUCAACCGGAAGAGAAUUACCCGACAAUGGAUGGCUGAAGGGUUUGUUAGGUUUGAGAAGAGAAGAACUUUGGAGGAUGUUGCAGAAGAGUACCUGACAGAGUUGAUACAAAGAAGUUUGGUUAAUGUUUCCAGAAUUGGCUUUGAUGGGAAAGCCAAAAGUUGUCAAGUCCAUGAUAUGUUGCAUGAAGUGAUCAUUAAAAAAAUGGAAGAUUUAAGUUUUUGUCAUUUAAUUCGUAAAGAUGAUGAACAAGUCACUGUUGGAAUAACUAGACGCUUUUCUAUAGCAGCUGUCUCCAACAAUGCUUUGAGAAACAAUAGAAAUGAAGGAAUUCGUGCUAUUUUUGUUUUUGACAAAGGUGAAUUUCCUAAACAUGUCAUGGAUGGAUUAUCUUCCAAGUUCAAGCUUUUGAAAGUACUUGAUUUCGAGAAUUCUAGGUUGAAUUCUAUUCCUGAUAAUUUGGGGAAUCUUUUCCACCUAAGGUACUUGAACCUGAGUCAUACAAAAGUUACAGUUCUACCAAAAUCCAUUGGUAUGCUAGUCAACUUAGAAACCUUGGAUCUAAGGCAAACUAAAGUGCACAAGUUACCAAAAGAAAGCUCACAAAGCUAAGGCUUCUUCCAGUUUAUUACAGAAAAUAUGAAGGGCGGUAUUCUAUGUUGAACUUUACAGAUGGAUUGAAAAUGCAAAAAUGUAUUGGAAGGUUGAUAUCAUUACAAAAGCUUUACUUUUUGGAAGCAGCUGAUCAUGGUGGAGUAGACCUUAUCCGAGAGCUCGAAAAGUUGAUACAAUUAAGGAAGUUAGGCAUAAAGCGUGUGCGGCAAGGACAUGCAAAUGCUCUAUGUGCUGCAAUACAAAAGAUGAAGCACCUUGAAUCUCUAAACAUUGGUGCUAAAGAUAAGGACGAAACCCUUGACUUGGAUUUUUUAUCAACUCCUCCACCUAAUCUUAGAGUUCUCAACUUGAAAGGUAAAUUGACAAAUUUGCCUAAAUGGAUUCCAAAUCUCAACUAUCUUGUGAAGCUAAGACUCGGCUUAUCUAACUUUGAACAUGAUCCACUGGACUCUUUGAAGAGUUUGCCAUAUUUGUUGAGGUUGAAUUUGUGGGAUGAUGCAUUUGCUGGUGAUUAUUUGCAUUUUAAAGUUGGAGGGUUUCCAAAGCUGAAGGAAAUUGAUCUCACUAGAUUGAAUAAACUCAGUUAUAUAUCUAUAGACAAAGAAGCUUUACCUGGUCUUGAACACUUCAGAUUUAAAAACAACCCUCAAUUGAAGGUCCAAACCUUGAAAGACCUUCAAUUCCUUGGAUUUGCUGAGAUGCCAGAUGACUUAGUUGAUAGCAUUGAUCCAGAGAAAGAUGGCCGAUACCAUUGGAUUAUCAAUCAUAUUCCCCUUGUACAAAUUCGUCAGAAUUUUGGACCAAAAUUUCAUGAGUAUACUUUGCGCCGCAUUCCUACACAAUCAAUAUCUGAAUAUCAAGAUUCAAAUUCUUCAUGAUGCAGCUGACAAGAAGAUGCACUUUGAACUCUAUUAAAUGUCAAUUUGUUUAGGCUUUCUUUUUCUGUUUUCUGUCAUUUGUGGUUUGGAUGCUUUUCUACAUAUAUGUGUAUUAACUUCUUUCAUAUUUCAUUAAGCUAUUUUUCUUUGUUGCACUGAACUCUUUUUCCCUGAGAAGGUUUUUAACGAGGCAGUUGUUUGUAUUUAUUUCCUCCUUAGGUUUUGGUCUAAUCCCCCCAAGAUGUUUGUCAUCUAUUGCAAUUUUUAAUAAUAUUUUACUUUAAACU